AUGGAGAAGGCAGUCCAUUUGUCGACAACAGCUGGACCGGAGGUUCCAGGAGAGCCAACGAAGACCGGAACAUCCAUGGCUGACACCGCAGCUUCAGCCGUACAAAGCUUCGCUCCGGUUAACCAGAUCCACCAACAUCUCUGCGCGUUCCAUUUUUAUGCACAUGACAUGACCCGACAAGUGGAAGCGCACCAUUUCUGCGGUCACAUCAACGAGGACAUGCGUCAGUGUCUGAUCUAUGACGGUCCUGAUGCCAACGCUCGUCUGAUCGGUUUGGAGUACAUUGUGACGGAGAAGCUCUUCAUGACAUUGCCUGAUGAUGAGAAGAAGCUUUGGCACACUCACGAGUGGGAAGUCAAAGGAGGCUUCUUGUUCAUGCCUGGUGUUCCCGAACCAAUUCAGCGCCAAGAUCUCGAAAAAGUUGCCAAGACUUAUGGAAAAGUCUACCAUUUUUGGCAAGUCGAUUUGGGGCAUGAGCUUCCCAUUGGUUUACCUAGUAUCAUGAUGGCUGUUACUCGAGACGGUCAGCUUUAUCCGGAAAUGCUCGAGGAGACGGAGAAGCGGUUUGGGGUAUCUAUUGAGAAGGAGAGAAAGUCGAGGGCUUAUAUGACCGGACCAGACCAUGGGAUCCAUCCGCUAGCGAAUGGAGGAGGCAAAGGGCUCAAGUUGGAGCUGCGAGAGGUUGACAUCAAGCCGGUCGAGUCCGUUCCAAGAGUCUUCGUUUAA